CUCAGUCAGGCUGAAGUGAAAACAAGAUCAAGGUCUUACUCUACUGUUGGACUUAUGAAAUCCAGUCCUGGCAACAUGGAGAGGAUAGUCAUCUGUCUAAUGGUCAUCUUCUUGGGGACGCUGGUCCAUAAAUCCAGCUCCCAAGAUCAAGAUCGCCUCAUGAUUAGAAUGCGUCAACUUAUAGAUAUUGUUGACCAGCUGAAAAAUUAUGUGAAUGUCUUGGACACUGAAUUUCUGCCAGCUCCAGAAGAUGUAAAGAGACACUGUGAAUGGUCAGCUUUUUCAUGUUUUCAGAAGGCCCGACUAAAGUCAGCAAAUACAGGAGACAAUGAAAAGAUUAUCAGUGUAUUAAUCAAACAGCUGAAGAGGAAACUACCUCUCACAAACGCAGUGAGAAGACAGAAACACAAACUAACAUGCCCUUCAUGUGAUUCUUAUGAGAAAAAACCACCCAAGGAAUUCCUAGAAAGACUGAAAUCACUUCUCCAAAAGGUAUCUACCUUAGAUUACAUUUGCUUUUCUAGUUCAUCUUUAUCUAUUCAGACUGCUUCUUAUGUACUCAUGGUAUACUCUUUCCACAGAUGAUUCACCAGCAUCUCUCUCCUAGAACACAAGGGAUAUGAAAAUUACUGAAGAUCUAACUCAAAGCUGGACACUAUAUUACAUACUCUACUACACCAGUGAAACUCACUUCUUAGUUUUCCAAGUAGAGAAG